AUAAAAUAGGAUAUGACUGACCAUCCAUUGACUCCUGACCCAGUGAAACAAUACAUUGACGAACAGAAGAUAGAGAUUGUCAUGAAUACUGGCAUUAACAAGAUUUUGAGGGAGAGGCCCUCAGAUGCUCUGUCAGCAUUGGCUGUUUACCUAACCUCGAAUGCAGAGAAGAAGGCAAUAUUUUCUAAAUUUGAAUGUGAAGAGACUAUAAUUGGAGGGAAAUACCAUUCUUUCAACACCCAAGUCUUCAUUGACUUUGCAGGAGAAGUCAAGUGUCGCCAUAUACAUAACUAUACAUUUGAGAAUGAAGACUAUACUGAUUCUGAUGAAGGAAACCAAACUUUUAUGGAGCAAGUAAUUAAGGCAAUGGAAAUUAUUACCAAUGAAAUCAAUCCUUUGUUGGCAGGACAGGAUCUUUCCAUUGUUAAGAAGACUGAUAUGAUUCUCCAAAGAUUCUUUGAGGAGAAAUACGCCCUUUCUAAGGCUGAAGGGGAAGGAGAAGAGACCCCUGAAGACCCUAUUCCAGGUAAAAUUGCAAUUAAGGUCGCCUCUGAAGCCUUAAUUCAUGGAAUUGCUAAAUGAUAUGAUGACUAUAACACAUAUGAUAGUUAUGGAACUUUGAUGACUGGCUCAAAAGUUGAUCCUUCUUCUUUUACAAAAUUAAUGGUUACUGUUUUGGAGGUUCCGAGGGCAGGAGGUGCUGGAGGAAAAGUUCCUGCAGGAAAGAUGAAGUUCUCAUCUCUCUAUUUAAUCCUUACACCAGCUCCAGGGGUGAAACUUCUUCAAACAUUUGUCAAGAUUCAAAAAGCCAUACAUGCUAAUAUUAAUGCUACUAAGGUUGGUCUGAAUGGGUAUAAGCUUCAAGGGAAUGGAGCUUAUUUCAAUGCCAGUGAUAAUAUCACUGAAUGCCUUAAGCUCCUUGAAGAUGCUAUUAAUAGCACUGGCUGCAACUCUGAUGAACACACAGUUGCAACUAUUGGGUUCAACAGCGAGCCUGAGGCUUACUACAACUCUGAACAAAACAAAUACGAUAUUGAAGGGCCAAAGAACUUAUUCGAUGCUGGAAUGUUUGUUGAUUGGUACAUAAAACUUCUAAAUGACCAUCCAUUGGUGAGUUACCUCGAGGACCCAUUCGCUGAGAAGGAAGGGUACCAGUUACUCCCUCAAAAACUUCAAGAGGCUGGGUUAGACCAAAGAGUUAAAUUCGGCCUCAGGAAUUUCCAUAAGGGAAAUCUUGAGACUCUCAAGAUCCACACAGAAUUUAUCGAAAAGGAAGAAGAAGACGAAGCUGAAGGCGAAGAGGAAAAGAAAGAAGAAGCUCCGGAAGGAGAAGGAGAGCAACCUGCUGAAGAAGAGAAGAAAGAGACUCCUGAAGGUGAAGGCGAGGGUGACAAGGAGCCAGAGGAUCCUAAUAAAGACAAGUUCUAUGCAAAUAUUCUUCAUGUUGAUCGUACACAUUACAAACUCUUCUCUGAUUUCUUAGAUUUCCAGAGUUAUGGUAAUACACAGAAAGGAGAAAGGAAGCAAAGGGUGAUUAUCCAGGACAAUUUCUAUGAAUCCUCAAACUCUGAUAUUAUUGACCUCGCUUUGGGACUUAAUGCAGCAUAUGUCAAUAUCAAGGGAAUAAACAACUCUACAAAGCUAGCGAAAGUGCUCAGAUAUAACACUGUAUCAAGUAGGCUACUAAAGCUAGCUGAUUCUGAGUAA